CGAAGGGCUCCUCCACGCCCCUGCCAGCCCACACCAGGGAUAUUGCAGCCCGGGGAGGCAACUGGAGCUAAUCCGGCGGCAGGUUUAAAUGUGUAUUCGGCUACUUGGCUACUGAUAGAGAAUACAAAAUGAAUAACUCAACAAACUCCUCUAACAAUGGCCUGGCUCUGACCAGUCCUUAUAAGACAUUUGAAGUGGUUUUUAUUGUCCUUGUGGCUGGGUCCCUCAGUUUGGUGACCAUUAUUGGGAACAUCCUGGUCAUGGUCUCCAUUAAAGUCAACCGCCACCUCCAGACCGUCAACAAUUACUUUUUGUUCAGCUUGGCCUGUGCUGACCUCAUCAUUGGUGUUUUCUCCAUGAACUUGUACACCCUUUACACUGUGAUUGGCUAUUGGCCUUUGGGACCUGUGGUGUGUGACCUCUGGCUAGCCCUGGACUACGUGGUCAGCAAUGCCUCGGUCAUGAAUCUGCUUAUCAUCAGCUUUGACAGAUACUUCUGUGUCACGAAACCUCUCACCUAUCCCGUCAAGCGGACCACAAAAAUGGCCGGUAUGAUGAUUGCAGCUGCCUGGGUCCUCUCCUUUAUCCUCUGGGCUCCAGCCAUUCUCUUCUGGCAGUUCAUUGUAGGGGUGAGAACUGUGGAGGAUGGGGAAUGCUACAUUCAGUUUUUUUCCAACGCUGCUGUCACCUUUGGCACUGCCAUUGCAGCCUUCUAUUUGCCUGUGAUCAUCAUGACUGUGUUAUACUGGCACAUAUCCCGAGCCAGUAAGAGCAGAAUAAAGAAGGACAAGAAGGAGCCUGUGGCCAACCAAGAUCCAGUUUCUCCAAGUCUGGUACAAGGAAGGAUAGUGAAGCCAAACAACAACAACAUGCCUGGCAGUGAUGAUGGCCUGGAGCACAACAAAAUCCAGAAUGGCAAAGCUCCCAGAGAUGCUGUGACUGAAAACUGUGUCCAGGGGGAGGAAAAAGAGAGCUCCAAUGAUUCCACCUCAGUCAGCGCUGUCGCCUCUAACAUGAGAGAUGAUGAAAUAACCCAGGAUGAAAACACAGUUUCCACUUCCCUGGGCCAUUCCAAAGAUGAGAACUCAAAGCAAACAUGCAUCAAAAUUGUCACCAAGACCCAAAAAGGUGACUCAUGUACCCCAACUAAUACCACCGUGGAGCUAGUUGGUUCUUCAGGUCAGAAUGGAGAUGAAAAACAGAACAUUGUUGCUCGCAAGAUUGUGAAGAUGACCAAGCAGCCUGCAAAAAAGAAGCCUCCUCCUUCUCGGGAAAAGAAAGUGACCAGGACGAUCUUGGCUAUCCUGUUGGCUUUCAUCAUCACUUGGGCCCCAUACAAUGUCAUGGUGCUCAUUAACACCUUCUGUGCACCCUGCAUCCCCAACACAGUGUGGACAAUUGGUUAUUGGCUCUGUUACAUCAACAGCACUAUCAACCCUGCCUGCUAUGCACUUUGUAAUGCCACCUUCAAGAAGACCUUUAAACAUCUUCUCAUGUGUCAUUAUAAAAACAUAGGCGCUACAAGGUGAACCAUCUUUGUAAAGAGGGAAGGUAGUCAAGGGGAGCUUGGGGAAAAGAAACAGAAUAAAAGAGCUCCUAGUUUUCAAAUCUCUGCCACUGCACUUUAUAGUCUUAUCAUGGAAUGUGCAAUUAAGGAGCCCAACAG